GGGGGUCCCAGUUCCAGGCGGUUGGAAGGAGUAAUAUCAGCCAGGGCUAAGUCAGUGGGCUUAAUCAACGUUAAACCACGAAUUCUGUGGUUGAAGGUUUCAUCUGUUCUCUGGUGCUUUUUCUCUGUGCUACAGAUAAUACCGCCAACUGGCCUCUCGUGCUUGGAGCCUCAGAGGGGACCUUGCCCCGGUGAUGGUCCAUGACAUGGACCUGAACCUCAAUCGAGCUGAGACCUUCUCCUUCAUUAACCCAUGGAUCCGGUACUUUCUGUUCUUCUUCAGCUUCCUGUUCUGGAUGCUCUCCAUGUUGAUUGUCAUCAUUGGAGUGUAUGCUAAAACCCAGAAGGCCACAGAUGCAGUUCGGGACACGUUCUUAGUUGACCCGGCAGUCAUUCUGAUUGCAGUCGGAGUGGUCAUGUUCUUCAUCACAUUCUGCGGUUGCAUUGGAGCUCUGCGGCAGAAUAUGGAACUCUUGAAAACCUUUUCUCUCAGCCUGACCCUGAUCUUUCUGAUCCAGCUUGCCAUUGCUGUGCUGGGAUUCUUUUACUCCGACCAGACUCGGGACACACUUGGAACGUUUGUGAAAAAAGCCAUUGUGCACUACAGAGAUGACUUGGACCUGCAGAACCUGAUGGACUACAUCCAGAAAGAGUUCAAGUGCUGCGGGGGGAAUGACUACACCGACUGGUCCUGGAACCUCUACUUCAACUGCAGUGCAGACAAUCCCAGCACAGAGAGGUGUGGCGUUCCGUACUCCUGCUGCAUCCCUCUUCCAGGAGAGGCUGUCGUCAACACUAUGUGUGGGUUUGGGGUCCAGACACUGAAGUACCUGGAAGCCGCCAAGUCUAUCAACCCAGUUGGAUGUGCAGACAGGGCCGUGAUGUGGAUCGAGUCCCACCUCCUGCUUGUUGGUGCCCUGGCUCUGGGCCUUGCCCUCCCUCAGGUAGUGUAUUCAGACAGGAAGUGGCUCUGUAAGUACCAAAACUUCCUGACAUGCUGUUUCUUGUGUUCCCUCAGAUUGUAGGCAUCGUGCUGUCCCAGAUCCUAAUAUCACAGAUUCAGGAAGAGAUUGACUCUGUGUUGUGAUCCUUGGAAAACCCACUAGAGAAGCAGCGUCAAUGCUGUGGCUCUUGGUCAAGUAAAUUUCCUGUGUUACAAGUUUGGAUCCAUAAGGAAAAACACAUACAUGCUCAAUCUUUCACAUGUUCAGCGAAUGACUUUGUAUUUCUACAUGCAAGGUGACAAAAGGACUAUUUACAGAGGUUAUUUAUUUAUUUGUUUGGUUUUCUAUAGAAAAUAAUAAUAAUAAUAAUAAUAAUAAUAAUAAUAAUAAAACAUAAAAAUUCCAAAAUGCAAAAAGUGGGAAAAACCAAAAAUAAUCCCAUAAAUCCUUCCAUGACAGAAAUCAAGUAAUAAUAGAAUGACAAUUAUAAUUGUAUUAAAAUAUAUUUUUAGCAGGAUGGCAUUCUUUUAUCAUUCAUUUCUAAAUAGAAAUGUAAUUUACAGUACUUCUACUACUAAUUCAUUACAUAUUUGGUGACCCUCAAAUAAAAAAAGUACCAGUAAGUGUACUCUGUGUAUGUGUAUAUGAGGACCUCUAUUGCAGUGUAUAAAAAUGCAUAUUGCAUGUGACUGUUAAGAGUAUUCAAUGAGCAGACAUUAUGCUGGACUGUCAUAUGUGGUAUGGAUAUUGACCUGGACAUGGCAGAGAUUUUAAAACCUGCUGGACUAUUGAAACAUUACUAGGACUGUUUCAUAUAUCAGUAAAUUACAAAGUUUGACUUCACUGAUUUAAUUCAAGUCAGAUUCAAGUUUCAGCAGCUUCCCCAUUAAAAAGAAAUGGGAGCAGUGGCAUUUAAUGCCUCCUGUCAUCACUUUUCCUGGGAUGUCUUCUGUAGAAUGUCCAUCCAUUUUCUGAAACUGCUUAUCCUAUUCAGGAUAGUAGGGAGUCUGGAGGCUAUGGGUGCAAAGCAGGGAACAACCCAGGAUUUGGCACCAACACACUGCAGAGCGCAUUCACACAAGCAAUUUGGCGGUGGGAGGGGGAAGCAGACUAACUGGAGGAAACCCCAUGACAACACAGUACAAACAUGUGAACUCCACACACUUGGAGUCAGGGACGGAUUACGGACCGGACCAGCGGGGCCGCUGCCCAGGGGCCCUUGGGGUGCAGGGGGCCCGUGGGGCCCCUAGCCCAAAACAAUUUGCAAUGCUUAUCAAUAAUGUAUUUUCGUUUGUCUCUUUUAGAGGGCCUACAUUCUUUGAUCCUCUGCCUACAAGGGCCCCUGACCCUAUAAGGAGGGUGUUUGGCUGCCAAGGGCCCUUGAAUUGUGGUAGUUGUGGUGGUGGUGCUGGUAGUGGUGGGGGGGGGGCCCUCACGAACGUUUUGCCCAGGGGCCCACACAACCCAUAAUCCGUCCCUGCUUGGAUUCUUUGACAGAGGCUUGAACUCUGAUCCCAAAGGUGUGAGGCAACAGAGCAAAACCACUGCACCACUGAGCGACCCCUCUGUAGAAUGUGAGGAAUGAAUAUUUCUAAAAUACUCCCAGCCCUGGGACACUCGUUUCAAAUCUCCUUUUAAGGCUCCUUUGCUAUCUAUGUCUUUUCAGGGUUCUAUAACAAUACUUUUUUGUCUCCUAGUAAUAAUAACAACUUAACUUGUUUUUAUAUGAUUACGUUAUAAAGAAAGCCAAUUGAUUCAAAUUGCAUAUGAAACCCAUCUUAAAUGGGAGAGGGUGGGUAUUGUCUUUUCAAUGAUAGUGUAAGGCAUGUUUUCCGUCUUUCUUUUUCCUCUUUCAUCUGGAGUGUCCAGAGCACAGGGGUUGAAUACUUUGCAGUUAUCAUUUUCUUAUAAAGGAUUGCUGCCAAAGGGCAGCAUGGUGGUGCAGUGGUUGGCAGUUGUCUCACACCAUUGAAAUCCAGUGAGUCCCCCCCCCCUACACACACACUUUCACACACAGAGUCCAAAAACAGGCUGAGGUGAAUUUGAGUUCCCAAAAUGUCUGUGUCACGCUGGCUUUCCGGGGUUAAAGCGGGCGAGCAGGCGAGCGGGCAGGAAACAAGCGAGGUAGCCAGAACUCAGGGAAAACGGGGAUUUAUUUAAGGGAACCGGAGAAGGAGACAUCAGACACUGACUAACAUCAAUGACAGACAAAGGACUCAGGUAAGACACGGACUGAAAUACACAGGACUGAUUGAAAAUAAUCAGACACAGCUGGGUACAAAUCGGGAAAGAACACGUGGGUAAUCCGGGGGCGUGGCACACACGAGGAGCCGACGAGCAGGGCAUGACACUCUGUAGGUGUGAGUGUGCUCUAUGAUGGGUUAUUUCCUGUCUUGUGCCUGUCACUUACAAAAUGAAUGAGAAUUUGCUGACAACUAACUGAUAUUGAUUCUGAAAAAGUCCUGUGAGAGUGAGUUUGCAAUAAAAAUACUGCCAAAGA